GCUCCGCCCGCGCUUCGGCCCCGCUCCUCCCGGGCUGUCCCGAGGUGCAAAACGGAAGAAGUGGUGAAGUGACAACAUGGUGUCUCACUAUGGGAAUCGAACCCUUCACCCGCGGUCUGUUUCCCCAGAUGAACACGAGAGGACCUGUCGGUGCUGAAGGAACCGAACCAGCCGGUUAGAGCUCGGUAGAUUGUUGCGUUGCAGCCGCGUCUCGCGACACGUCUCCGUCCGGGAGCUGCACUUCCGCGUUGUGUCGACGAAUAUAAACAACCGAAGAUACGUGUUCGUAUCUCUGCGGCUGCUCUGACAAACCGAAAGUGGUUCGAGGUAUUUGAUCGUCGGAGGCUGAGCGAGGGGGACGCUUCUGUCCCAUAGACUGGUUCUAAAGACGUCUGUCCCCGGCGUAGGGAGAGGGAGGAGGAGGAGGAGGAAGAGGACAGCGGCCGACAUGGGUUCAGGUCAAAGCUUCGAGUCCGCCCCGCGUCGGCUGAAGACGGAGACACAGUCCGGUUCCUCUUCCAAUGAAGACCAGCUGUCCGCUGUUCCUCUGGAGAUCCUGGAGGAGAUCCUAUUGAACCUCCCUUACAAGGAGGUGGUGAGUAUUUGUCGGCUGGUGUGCCAUCAGUGGAAGGAAGUGGCCGACAGUGAAUCCUUGUGGAGAGAGAGAUGUAGGAGAGAAGGAUAUCGCCCCAGUGAUCCUUCCAAAAUACCCAACGACUGGAGGUUGUUCUACUUCUUGUGCAAGAAGAGGAGGAAUCUCCUCAAGAAUCCAAGAGGAGAACAUAAAAUGCAGGGUUGGCAGAUAGUGGAGAACGGUGGCGAUAAGUGGAAAAUAGAGGGAGUCAUGGUGCGACAUCCUGAUGACACAGUCCAGAAAAACUUUGUGACUUCUUACGGAAUGUGCAAGAAGGCCCAGCUGAUUGAUCUGGAGAGGGAAGGCUACAACUCAUCGUUUAUGGAUCACUUCCAGCCAGACAUCAGAAUAUCGGACUGGUAUGCUCCACGAUUUGACUGUGGCAGUGAGUACGACAUCUGUGUCGAGUUGCUGAAUCAAAAGAAGCAGCCGCUCCACACGUUCGCUCCGGAGACGGUUCUCUUCGAGCAGUGGAACGAACAGAAGUGGUACCGGAUGACCCAUGUUUUCCAGAGCUAUGGACCUGGUGUGAGAUACAUUCGUUUCACCCAUGGUGGGAAAGACACACAGUUCUGGGCAGGGUGGUAUGGAAUCCGUGUUACCAACAGCUGUGUGGAGAUAAGUCCAGCAGUGGACUAGUAGCUCUUAUGGAUUUAAUCUGUUGCCUGAAAUUGCACAUAUAUUCAUGUAUUCCGCCUUACACAAUCUGUGGUCCUUUUACAUAUUAAAGGAUUUAAUAUGUACGGUUAAAAUGCAAUAACAAAACCUCCUCGUGCUGCACCUUAUGAAAACAUACAGUGUAUGACGAUAAAAAAUAUAAAAAAGUGAUAUAACCGUAUAUCUGAAGUAGUUAAGCCAUUUUGAAGUAGAGGCUGAGCAACUCAAAGUUGUUUCAGUUUCAGCAGAAGAGCCAUUAUUAUCCCUGAGAACAGGUCAGGUUCACAAUCCACAUUUCACUAGAUAACCUAACCCCUGAACAGCCGUUGGUGUUUUGAGUACCAUGUGGUUUUAGAACUCGUUAGGGACAGGAAGCCAUGUAGCCGAUAGUGACUCAGCUUUGAAGGUCAGGCUCUCUCCAAACUAACUUUCAUUUCGGUUUGCUUCUCAGUCGUCCUCAUUGAAAUGUGCUGUGAUGAUAUCUGUAGUUAUAUGAAGACAAAGUUGGAAGAUCUCAUGUGAUUCUGUCUGUUAUGGUUUAACACCGUCGCACUUCCUUGGCCCAGCAGCCAUAAUGAAAAUAUUCUUUGCACUCCUAACGUGUCAGUUGUGAUGUGUAAUAUUCCUAAUAUAAAAUAUUUUUUUGGCUCAGAACUGGAUGUAUAUCAAAUUUGUAUUUUUAUACAUCACGUCCCUCCGUCACCUGUGGAAAACUGUUACAAGUACACAAACUUCAUGUAUUGACGACAGAACACAUCAAUUAUUUGAAGUUAAGUUUAUUCAUAAUACUGGUUCAUUGUGAUGUUUUAUCACAGGCAAGAUAAGAUACAGUACAACUUUGAUGUCAAAUUGAAUAAAAAUCAUAUCCGUCCAAGAAACUUGUCAUGUUCCUGGUUAAUUGGAUUUCAGGGUCACGUCAGCUUCUUCAAAUCUCGUUAUCAACAAUGCACAUGUUUCAUUCAGUCAAUAAGUAUAUUCUCACUCUAUUUACAAAUCAAAUUCAAGCCCAACAUCUAGGGCAAGGGUGAAGUAAAAGAAAUGCAAAUAGUAUUAGUUCAGUCAUCUUCACAGGAUGUCAAACCAUGGGUAGCAUUUUAUAAGACGUGUCACAAUGUGUUGUUGCCAUCUUAAUGAUGCUGUUGCAGCGUAGCAGCGAGUUUGUUCCCUUAACAAAAUAAAUUAGCCUCCGGUUAUGAGCUGUAACGCUCAAAGGUUUGUUAUAUAAGGGCAUAAACAUCACGUUCUCGCAUACCUUACAAAACUUGUGCUCAAGUAGUUACUCAAAUUGAUGGUGACUGUUUGUGACAGAUGAUUUCUGAUUGGAAUGUUCCCAUCGUUUGAGACUCAGGCUCAAUGAUGACUUGUUUCUCAGCCUCUGUGGAUCUCUGCUCCGUCAGGAGUCAAUUUGAUCUGGUUUUCUUUGGGAAAACUAGAGCUACAGUGGAGCAUACCCUAGAAAUGUCAGAUUACGUCAGCUGGUUCAUAGAUCUUCCAGGAGACUGUGUUUACAGACGUUGUGUGAAACACAGCGACUCCUGCUAACUCUUUGAAAUUGUG